CAAAACUUAAACUUUGGGAUAAUAUGUACCGUACUUCUAAUUACCCACUAGUUAGGUUCCCAAUCCCAAUAACCUUUUAAAUAAAUUUGAAGAAAUAACGUGACGUAUUUCAAAAAGACUUAUUAGUAUCAUCGAGUAUGGACGAGGGAAACUCGAUUAUUUAUGGACUGGAACAUCAGACCCGAGCGCUGUCGCCACAGUACGGGGAGAGCGAUGCUAUACGGUUCCUUAUCGGCACCCAGAGCCUCAAGCCGCAGACCAACCAGGUUCAUGUUGUGGAGCUAGAGGAGGACACCGGGGCGCUGCAUACCAAAGUAUUCAAGCAUGACAUUGGAGAGAUCUGGCAUCUCCGGUGUUCACCACAUGACGCUGCGACUCUCCUCACCACACACAACUCCUAUGACCCUGACACAUCACAAUGCACCAUGGGUGUCUCCAUUUUCAAACUGCCUACACUUGAUGUGAUUCCCAAAAAUUUGGAAGAAUUGAGCACAAUACAAGGAAGAAAUGCAGAGGAUAUGGAGCUAUUGAAAACUAUCACACCAGAGAAAGCAGAAGAGGAGAUUCGAUGUGCGGAGUGGCAUCCAAGUGACAGCACGCGUAUCGGCAUGGUGCUGGAUUCCGCGGUGAGCGUGUUGGACGUGGGUACCGGGGCCAAGGUGUCCAGCGCCGCGCCCGACGGCAGGUCCAGACUCAAGUUCACCGGCGGCAAGUGGUCGCCGCAAGGGACAACUCAGUUUGCGGUACUCCAGGACAUGCAUAUAAAAUGCUUCGACACUCGCACAGAAGGCACCAAGCCCGCGUGGAGCAUCGACAACGCGCAUAGACAACUAGCCAGAGACAUAGACUUCAAUCCUAAUAGGCAGUUCCAGCUAGCCAGCGCGGGCGAUGACGCAGCUCUCAACAUCUGGGACUACAGAAAUGGAAAGGAACCAAUUUUCAGCCGCACAGAUCAUUCACAUUGGGUGUGGUCGGUCCGCUACAACACAUUCCACGAGCAGCUGCUGCUGACGGGCAGCUCAGACGCGCGCGCGCUGCUCACCGCCGCCGCCAGCGUCUGCGCCGUAGACGAGGAGGGGGAGAGGAUCAGUAAAGUUCUGGAAGACGGCGUGCUACAGUCGUACGAGCAGCACGAGGACUCUGUGUACUGCGCGGAGUGGAGCGCCGCCGAGCCCUGGACCUUCGCCAGUCUCAGCUACGACGCGCGCCUCGUCAUAUCGCGAGUGCCACGACACUUCAAAUACAAGAUAUUGCUGUAAAUGAUAAGUUAUUUCAAUGUACGCCAUUGCUGUAAAGUCGAGGCCGCACUAUAGGAUUGACGUCUCAUUUCUAAGGGUCAAUUCAGACCGCAACGCGACGCGUAGAUGCAUUUCUAAAUUUGUAUGGCUUUGACAGAUUUUCAAGACGUCACACGCAAUUCAAAUCUCUCAAUUCAGUACAGAUUUAGAAAUGCAUUUACACGUCGCGUUGUGGUCUGCAUUAACCAUUAGGUUAGGUUCACACGGCAUUAAACCUGCAGAACGCAGGUUUAUUUGCAGUGUGCGUCUUAACUUAACAAACAAACAGUGGCGCAUACAAUGUAUAUAGAACACUGACCUCCAAUAUACAA